UGUGUAAACCUUGGAGGCUGAGAAGUGGGCUGAACUCACUGCAGCAUUGAAAUAGUUUAUGCUAGUCUAUUUUUGGUAAAGCUACUUUACUCUGAAGAAUUUAACCCAAAUAUUUGGAAAUGUAUUUAUAAUUGUGAUUUUUAUAAGGGUUUAAACCUAGGAGAUUUAAGAGCUCAGUUGUGAUAAACUUUUGUGAUGUGAGACUUUAUAACUGUGUGUGGAUGCACAUUAAAUUUCCUUGUUGUUAUGGUAAAAUGUUUCACUGUUAAGAAAGCUUGAUUGAAAACAAACUUGAAAAUAAUGUUUCUUCAGCUGUUUAGUGUAGGCCUUAGGGUAAAAAUCGUGUCUUUAAGAGGGAGCAUAUGUUAAGGAUGAUGUGUUAACAGGGAGGCCCAUCUUGUGUGUGAAGAUGGGAGGUUGUAUUGGUGGUAGUAGUAAGUCGGAGGAGCUCAAGUCGGACACUGAAACUGCUGCCCCUAAUGGCUCCUAUGAGAAGCAAGCAGAGAAGAAGGAAGCCAGCAUUCUACCAGACCGUAGGUCCGGACACGUGUACUGUGGUGAGCCUAAAGCACCUGCCAAUCAGCGGUCAGCUGAUGUCAAUACUCAGGGGGGAGGCAGUCCAAAGCCUCCUCGGGAUUUAGAUACAAAGGUGGUCUCAAAUGGAGGAGUAUCUUCUGAUGCAGUGGUGUUACCGUAUGCUCGCGCAGGUGAAAUGUUGAAUAGUACUGAAGCUGAACAACCAAAUGUUACUAUUGUAAGUGUUAUUGACCUAGAUGAUACAAACAAUGAGUCCAAAGAUUCUUUCCCUGAUAUUCACAAAAGCGACACAUCUGUAAAAUGCCAUCCUUCUCCAUUGAUAGGAUCUUUACAUCUUAAAGAGAGUGUUUUGAAGCGUCCAAGAAGUUUAGAUUCCGCAGAUCCUAUAAAGCCAGUAGUAAGACAUCUAGCCUUGACCUAUAGUCCAGCCUUGUUGAAAACUAGACAUCCCCGGAGCUUGCAUUGUAUCAUAGAGCCAAAUGUGCAUGAAUCUGUGAUCUCUAGAACACGACCCCAGAGUAUGGACCUCACAGCCAUGUUUGACUACCACUCACAAGAAUUCCAGGCUCAGAAACUGAAGCGAAUGCUCACUCAAAAAGUGACAAAAAAGCCAAAGGCAGAUAAACAGCAACAUUGCAAUGCAGUAGUGCCUUUUAAUCCUGGACAGGUGAAGUACCUAGACGAGGGUCCAGCACGAUGUUUCCAGAUCAGUCAGAUGCAACAGCGCAAAAAGAAAAACAAGGAACUCAAAAUGAAGGAGGUCGAGUAUCUGAGACAAGCCAUCUCAAAACCAAGAAUGAAGCUGUCAAAAUCUCUGGAAAUAAUGUUUGGUAACUGUGAGCAGUACAUGAAGUAUGACCCAUUGCUGAACGACAAGGUGGCCCAGCCCAGUAAUCCCUGGAUGACAGAGGAUCAGACAAUGUGGGAUAUCAACUGUGACAUGGUUGAAGUGCCGACCGAGAUCCGGCUGCGCAAGUGGGCGCUGAGGUUUGAGGACCUGUUACGUGACGACACAGGGAGGAAUGAGUUUGAGAUGUUCCUGAAGAAGGAGUACAGCCAGGAGAACAUCCGCUUCUACAAGGCAUGUAGGCAACUCGUCACAUGCCCUACCAGCGACGUCAAUAAGUGGAAAACAGAGAUUGAGAAAGAGUUCCUGACCCCCGGUGCAGCCUGUGAAGUGAACAUAGACUGUAAGACACUGGAGAUGGUGCACCAGCAGCUGAAGACAGACAAGGAGGUGUCCAGCAAAACAAGGUACAUAUUCCAGCCAGCCAUGGAGCAUGUCUAUGCUCUCAUGAAGAAGGACAGCUAUGUGAGAUUCCUCCGCUCUGAUCAGUACAAGCUGCUUAUUGAACGAUCACAGUCUGUCUUCACCAAGAAAAGGUUUUUCAACUUUGGUAGUAACCGUAAGAAGGCUCCUAGCCCUCAGGUGCAGCGUCGAGGCAGUGCGUCCAGUGAUGGUGGGGGGGUGGAGGGGGAGCUUGUUGGCGGCCCUGCUUACCACUCAUACAGCACGGGAAACCUCAAGGAGCUCGAUGACAAGCCCAAAACUGCUGUUAGAACGUCAUAUGUAGGCUCUGACAGCAGUAUAUACAUGGGAUCAUACACAGGGUCGUCAAAUUCCCCAUCUCUGCGGCGGCGUACAAAUGACCUUGAAGGCAAGGUAGCCAUAGGCAGUGAUCCUCGUCGGCGUAGCAACCUUGAGGUCCCCCGGUCCUCCUACACUUCUACCAGCACCACAGAUGCAGCCAGGAAGUCAGAGCAUGUGGCGCAGUGCAUCCCCCUCAAUGUCCCGCGCACAAACGUGGUGACACCCUGGGAGGGGGAGUCAUAGACAGCUGAAACCAGCAUGGAGGCCGACACCUGGGCCUAGUAGCUCAUAACACUCUUAAUGGUUAAUGAUCACCAUGUUUAUUGUACUAAUGCACAUGGCUUUGAUAAUCUUCAGUGAAAUCAACAUUGACCAAAAUCAUCAUAAAGUAAUUUUAUAGUGGAGUUCAUGCCAACUUGAUAUUAUUGGCAAAAUGUGUCACUGAACAGUAUUAGCACAAAGUAAUAACCAGGUCAGCAAAUUUAAGCCUUUAAAGUAAACUUUGCGCUUGUCAAGAAAAUAAAUCUGUAUCCAAAACUACGCCAUGGUUACAUGAACGAAAGGUUAAACUAUGGGCAACUGGGUCCAGCUGUAUAGAGAAUAAAUUGGUCCAAUGACCAUGAACAUUUGUUGAAAGGAACUAUGUGUGAAAUAUUAUUUCAAUGGAAUAAACGUUCAAACGUUUAAAAUUUAAAAUGGUCUAUAUUUUAAGAUGGUACUUUAUUUUUAGUUUGAGAACUUUUGUAAUCAAUUGGUCAGAAAUCACGGUUGAAAUAUGAAUGUUAAUUUAACAUCAACAAGAGAUUUUUUUUUAAACAUGCAGAGAAAAGAACAUUUUAACUCUUUCAGUGCUGGAACCGAAUUUUGAAGGCCUUUGCAAACAGUUUGGAUCCAGAUGAGACGCCAUAGAACGUGGUGUCUUCUAUGGCGUCUCAUCAGGAUCCAAACUGUUUGCUAUUCUUAUAGUAUUCUUUGGAAAAAAUCGAAGAAAUGCUAAUUUAAGAAAUUCAGCAGACAACAUUUUAGCAGACGACAAAUUUCCCAGCAUGCAAAGGGUUAAGGUUGACCUAUUGUAUCUGAUAUAAAUAUGAUAAGCAGUUGCAACAGUUUCUCACUGAAGUCUGUUGUAAGGGAACAAUGAAAAUACAUUAAUUUUGUAAUGGGAUAAGAUGAGAAUGAUUGAUUAUAGUUUGCAAUGAAGUGUCAAUUAGGCCUCUGUUUGUUGUUUGUGUAUCUGAUAGAAUACUAGUUUUCAAAAAAUGUCACUUAGGCGUCUGUUUUUUGUAUGUAUGUAUUUGAAUACUAGAUUACAAUGAAGUGUCUUUUAGGCGUCUGUUUUAUUUGUGUAUGUAUCUGAUUGAAUACUAGUUUGCAAUGAAGUGUCACUUUAGGCCGUUGUUGUAUUCUUACAUGUAAAUGAUAGUGCAGGUAAUACUUGUUUGUACUAUGUAUACCUCUGUUUCUUUACUAUGUAUACCUCUUGUCUCUUUUAUGAUUGUGCAAUAUUUGUGACACCAUUAAUAAGUAAAAUAACCAGCAUUGAAAAAGAUUUACCAGUAAUUACUAAUGUCACACUUGCAAUAUUAUUGUAUUUGAUAGCUGUUGAUACAAAGUUUCUUAGCUAAGCACACUCAGAAUAUUUCCUGAGGUGGUAAAAUUUGGAAUAUUGUUAUAAGGGAAAGCUAAAUCCUACUUUGUUUUACAUUUGUAGAUAGAUCUGUAAUUCAUUCUCUUACUGUUAAUACAACCUGACUAUGCACUGGAUGGCGUCCGAGGGUUGGGUGUACAACUGGUUUACCUGAGGAGUAGUUCUAGAUCUGAUCACAUCUGAGGAAUAGGUUAAGAUCUGAUCACAUCUGAGGAAUAGUUCUAGAUCUGAUCACAUAUGAGGAAUAGUUCUAGAUCUGAUCACAUAUGAGGAAUAGUUCUAGAUCUGAUCACAUCUGAGGAAUAGUUCUAGAUCUGAUCACAUUUGAGGAAUAGUUCUAGAUCGGAUCAUAAGGUUCACAGCCUACCCUCAAUAUUUGAACUUUUAAACAAUGCAAGUGUAGAGGAAGUUUUUUUUUCUAAUACAGCUGACACUUAAUUGCCAAGAGUCGCGGGGACCCAGGCAAAAACUGUUGUUGAAACUUUGGGCCAAACUAUUCUUCGUUUGUUAUAACCUUAAUGGAAUGUUAUCUCUUCACUCUACAAAGGAUGAAAUUAUCAAGUUACUGUUGACUGCUGUUCUCAAACCCUUUCAAUAUAGCAUGAAAUGAAGUGUGAAAUUCACACCAAGGUGCAAAAAGUCAUAAGGUAACAAAUUACAUUCCAUUUUCCUGCUAAAUGAUUUCUAUAAUUUGUUAUAUGUUCUUAUAAUCACUUAAAACAAUUUAGUUUUUAUGGUAUUUAUUAGAAUAGGUAAAUAAUAAGUAAUAUAAAGAAAGCAAAUGCAUGUACAAUUUAUAUUAGACGAUUGUAAGGGAAUCUAAGUUAUGCAAACCAUUACAUGAUACAUUUUUAUGUUUAAUGUGUAAAAUAGAAAUUAGUUAUUUAGAAUCAUUCCCACCUGUUGUGGAAUUCCUAGGAAAUUCUCUUGCCAAAAUGUUUGUUUUAUGUUACUUCUCUAUUAUGCAUAUUGCUGUAGUGUACAUGUAUUAUCCACUGCUCUUUACAAGUUAUGUUUAUGUAAGCCUCUGAUUUCUGUUUAACUCUUUCAGUGCUGGAACCGAAUUUCGAAGGCCUUUGCAAACAGUUUGGAUCAAGAUGAGACGCGGCAGAAUGUGGCGUCUCAUCAGGAUCCAAACUGUUAGCUAUUCUGAUAGUAUUCUUUGAAAAAAAUGGAAGAAAAUGCUAAUUUUAGAAAUUCAGCAGACGGCAAAUUUCUCAGCAUGCAAAGGGUUAAACAAUAUGCAUUCAUAUAGUGUACUUGUAUAUUUAACCAUGUGAAUUUCUGAAAGUGUGAUUUGUGGACCCCUACAAAUCUAGGGUAUAAAUCAUGGAGCGGUCUAACAUCUAUGAUAAGGGACCAUCAGAUUACCCAAAUUGAAAACCAUUAUUGUUGGAAUUAGCCCUUGCAAAUGUUGGCCUAUGGAUUAUUACACAUCCAUUUCCUGGAUAUGAUCUGACACUACUAUUUACUUUGUUAUUGAGACUUAACCUGGUUGCAAGAAACUUAAGCAAAUCCAAAGUAUUAUAGAUCUGGUAAAUAUCAUUAUGUUUCUUGAAAUGCACAUUCCAAAUGUUUAAGUAUUGUGUGCGUUGUUUCAAUGUUGUCAUCAACUAGGUGUCAGAUAUCUUACCUGUAUUUGACCUGAUAGUUAACAGUUAACCCUCUGUGUUAUGUAAGUUGUGAUGCACAAUGUACACCGUGUUCAUGCACAGUGCCUUUUUAUGCUGUACCAUACAUGUUUUUUGUACAGAACCAGGACAUGAAGUGUGUUCAAGACAUGUUUAACGCCAUGAUUGCUAGUCCAGGGGAACAAAAUUAAUACAUAGUUGUCAUUUGCUGAUUAUUGAAUAUUUAAAGCUAGGAAGGUUAAACAAGCAAGAGGUGUUCCAAUUGCAUGGCAUGUCAAAUAAUAUUAUUGCAUCAAUACAGUGUUUAAAUAAAAUAAUAUUUGGAACCGAUGUGGGGGAAUCAUCGAAUGACUUAACGGCAUUGUUUGGUUAGAAUUCAGUUUUCUAGAACUUUGGUUAAAAAAACACAGUCAUCAUACAAUGUUGAACCACUAAAUCUCUCUGUUUAUGUGUUGUGCUUGUUAUGGUUUGAAGAUAUUUUAAAACUAGUCUUUCAUUUUAGAAUUGUAGAUUGUGUGCUAGAAAUUGGUCUUAUCCUUGUGAGCAAGGAAUUAUUACUGAAAAUCAAACCACAUAUUAUUUUUGUUGAUGAUUAGAAUUGUUCAUAUUUUAAACAACUGUAUGGGUGUUUCAGAUUGUUUUUACUAUGCUGGUGCAAUAGUUAAUUGUUUUUUUAUUGACUGAGUACAAUAGGUGUGCAAUAUCCUGAUAGUCUGAAUAUAUACAUGCUUUAAAUUCAUCAUUUACUUUGAACAUUUGUGGCUUUGUUUUCUGCAAAAAUAUCAGCAUUUGAUAGUCGAUCUGAACAGUAUAGCCUUUAAGAACAGUGGUUAAAUGUGAAGAAAAGUCUAUGAUGUGUUAAUGUUGUUAUAAUUUCAUAGCCUUGUUUAUGAAAUUAACUUUAUAUAAUGGCCUGAUUUUGCUGCCAUGUUGCUUUAUAGUGUGACUAUUCAACAGUUUGUUAGAGCUAUACCUUAUGUUGUUUUACUUCAUAGCUUGACUAUGUAUCCAGUAUUUAGGGCUAUACCAUUCACCCACUUGUCUUCAGCAGAACACAGGGAAAGGAUUGCGUGCAACAUGUGCAUAUCUCUGCAAAUACUAUUGCUACUCAAUGGAAACUUCACACUUGUCUUUGGAGUCUUAUAAUAAGUGAUCAAAACCUGACCGUUUUUUUUCAGCAGAAAUACAUGUAUGCCCAUUCUGUAUUAAGAUACUGUUAAUAGUUGCAUGGAUCUACAAUGCAUCUAAAACUAUUUAAGUAUUCUACAGAUUCUGUUUUUCAAGUGAAACCUAGCAUGUAUAUGUCACAGGACAGAGUGAAUAGUUGAGUAUGUUGGCAUGGCUAAUGUUUGUUAAAAUGCUCACUUUAUAUUCAUGACAUUAUAUAUAUAAAAAAUUGUACCAUUUUAUAUCAAUCGAACAAUUUCACUGUUUUUGGCAACUUUAGCCAUUUGUGUUUUCUUGUCCUGUCUAAGAUACAUAAAAUGGAUUAUUUUAACCUCAGUUUUACAUGCAACUUUAAAGGCAAAAGAAAUAAAACCCUGUUUUUGAAUGAUCUCAGUUUGGUGCUUACCAUGCCUUUUGUCUCGACAAGAAAGACACAUGUUCUGUUUUACUUUAACAUUUGAAAAUCAGAUGUUUCAGAAUAUAUUGUAAAUACAAUAUGAUUAUGGUCUAAUUUAAAUGUGCACAAAAUAAAUAACUUUAGUGUUUACAGCGUUUUUUGCAUAUUUUUUGUUAAGACUAUUGAGAAGAUAUUUGUGUAAAUUUAACUACGGCAUUUGUGAUUUGACUGGAUAAUUUAUCACAUCAUUUAAUUGAAAUCAUUUUUUGCUUAUAAGUCUAAUCAAAGGCAGUUGGCACGUUGUGUUAGUUCUUACAAUUGCGUUUUUGGCCUGCUUUAGAUGAAAAAGAAAAUCUUUGAUACAAAAUAAUCUAUGUGCCUAUAUAAGCAGUUGUAAAAUGUGUUACUUAAUCAUAGGACAUGGCUGUUCAUUUGAAACAUAUCAUGCAGUAACAUUCCAAUCCUGUGUGCCAUAGUUAAAAGGAAACAAAAGUCAACCAAAGUCAAGGGCAGAAUGAUCCUUGCUUGUCUUAUGGACUUAUUUUUGUCAGGUAUGUCAUCAGAAAAAAAAACAAUGUACAAUGUUCAAGUUGUUCCAAUCUGCAAUAUUAUAAAUUUGUAUUUUUUAGCUCAUCCAAGCACAGAGCGUGGCAUAGGGCAUCAUGUGUCGCCAAAUUUAAGCUUGCUAUUGCACUAGAGGCCACAUUUUCACCCAACCUUAAUAGAACUUCAGAAUGUUUAUCUUUACAAUAUCAAAGCUGACAUUAAUCCUGGGUAACGUUUGUCCAAAAACUGGGUCACUAGGUCAAAUGUUAGACAAACCUUGUUAACACUCUCAUAGCCACAUUUAUAACUUUAUAGUGAUGAAACUUUGUGAGAAUGCUAACAAUAUCUAGGAAGAGUUCAAAUCUGGUUCACAUGCGUCCAAAAACUAUGUCACUUUCCAAAUCUUACAAAAAAAAACAUUUAGGGCAUGGUGGAACACAGGAAAUGCUCAAAUCUGUGUCAAGUGAGUCCAAAAACUAGGUCUUUGGGAAAAAUUUGACUAUAUUACCUUAACUCCAGCUAGAACUCCAUGGCCUUUUGUUUCAAUUUAGAAUGUAUAGUUUGCAACAAGAACAGUUAAAAAAUACAGUUAAACGUAACGCAACUUACAACUACCUUACUUGAAACCGUUUCAGGAACGAAUGGGCAUAGAAAUGAUUUCAUGUACUAUCCUCACACAAGUCAUGUUCACAACGCUUCUACAGGAAAGCUUGAGCUGUUUGUAAGACUGAGCAUUUCUGAUGUCAAAUGUUGAACAUGUUAGAAGUGUUCCUAAUUUCUUGAUGUAAAAAUGACAGAACAAUCUGUAAACUUGUUUUCCCUCAAGAGUUUUCGUAAAUACAUUCUCAAACCUUCCCACCAUGUGCACAUAUUAUUCUAAACUUUGUAAUGUUCUGACAGCGUGUUUAUGUCGAGUCAUAACUUUUUUGUUUUACCACCUUAACUACAUUAUUAGGUGGAAGAACAAUUUGUAUAUAAGAAAAGCAACAUAGCCUAUCUUAAUAUUUUUCAAUAGCAAUCUGUUAAUAAGCAUUGACUUCUGCGAAGAUCUAUCAAUGAGCAUGUAUAUUGAUAAUCUUUGCCUGAUAUCAUUUGAGAUGUGAUUAAUAUUCAUGAAAAAGAAAAGUUUCACCAUUGGUCUUUAUUCUAAAGUAUUGUGUAUAUGAACGGCGUUAUAUGGGCCCUCAAAUGAUGUCCGGAGUAUCAGAUAAUGUGCUCAAGCAGUCUUCUUGAUGACUUGUUGCCUCGGUGUCCUUUUACAUGCCAUAUUUCUGUUAUUUUGUUUCCCAUCUUGCCCUCUGUUUACUCAUCUGUUACUUUUAUACUGUUAUUUAUCUAUGUUUGAGUAGACAGCAAAUAAACACAAACAAAAG